ACAGGAUGAGCAAGUUCAAAGAUCUUCAGCCAUCUGCCCAUCUACCCCGAGGAAGUGUCUUGUGAGCCGCAUGCCACCGCGUUGCCGUUGUUUUUGCGGAAAACAACGAGUGGUCGCUUACGCCAAGGGUUGUGACCUCCGUCUGUAGCGGGAGACUUACGAACUAUGCCAACUUGUAGGACAUCAUUGCAAAACUCAAGAGGAAGUACUGGUUUCGGGAUCUAAACAGGGAUUGAAAAUGUCCAUUUUGUGGAAAUGUCUUUCGCUUAGUUUCGUGCUAAUGUUUUUGGACCUGAGGACAGGUAUGUAUGUCUUCAUCAGACCUCCUCCGAAAGUCAAGCCUGAGGUGUUCUUUAUGCCUCCGCUAGACGCCAUACUGGAAGGAUCCUCCACGGGUCCACUCGAGGGGCCAUUCGGCGGAGAAGCGGUGUCGUCCCGGCGUGUCGUUCGCGUGUCCGACGUCACGGUGUCCCGAGGAGGUCGUGUGGCUGUGACCAGACGCAAACGCAACGUCCUCUUCCCGAGCGGAGUCAAGCUGUGCGCACGGGAGAAUGCCGAGCAGGUGGUCGCAAACCACCUCAGUUUUUUCAAUCUCAGAGUGUGCCAGGAGACGGUGUGGGAGGCUUUCAAAAUCUUCUGGGACCGCCUCCCCGAGCAGGAGGAGUACCAGAGCUGGAUGAACCAGUGCCAGGGGGGGGCUGUGACGGCGCGAGACAUUGGCGCCUACUUCAGUCAAUCGGGGGAGCACCAGGAAGUGGUCAAAAAGAAAAUGUCAGCGCCCGCCUUGAAAAGUGAACCCACCAGGUCUGGACAACAUACAUGCAGCACUUCGGCUCCCGCUGCGACGACCGCGCCCGCCGGGGCUCCUGCCAAAGAAGUGGAGGAAGCAGCUGCGAUGGAGCCAGAAAUGGAGUUGGACAACGACAUUCCGGUGGAGCCGCUCCCGGCGGCCAUGUCGGAGCAGGCGGUGGAGCUCAGCAUCCUCCUGACGGGCGUCGCGUACGACGACGACUUGGACGACUCCGACUCGCUGCGCUAUCAGACGCUCAGCAGACACCUCGCUCAGAAGAUUACGGACGCUCUGUCUGGACUUCCUGGUUUUAAGAGCGUGACUGUGAUGGACUUCAGGCCUCACAAGGAUCUGCAGGGGCUGGACGGCAUCGCGGUGGACUACGCGGUCACCCUGGCGGUGGACGACGCGGGCAUCAGCGGCGACCAACUGGACUACCUCACCCUGCAGUCCAACCGGGUGGAGAACUCGUACGGCGAGGUCAAGGAGCACCCGACGCUGGUCUACGCCAUCAGCGAGCUGAAGACCUUCGUGACCGAGAACCUGCUGAAGGACGCCUUGGAGAGCGUGCCCGAGACCCCCGAGACCCCCGAGACCGUGCACCCUGCAGGAGAAACCUCGAACGAACCGGCGGCGGUUCCCGUCCUGGACGACGUCAUGGACGACGUCAAGAGAGACCAAUUGCUGCCCGGAAGCGUCGGCGGAGACACGUUGGAGACGUCCGAAAGUGACAUUGUUGUCCUGGAGGAGAGUGUUGAGAUUUCCUCUCCUGCUGUGGUCGCCACUUCUGCAACUGAAACUGGCAGCAUCAAGGAAGAGGGUCUGCUUCUGGAGAACACCGUGCAGACCACCGCUGCAGAUAAACCCCCAGACAAAGACCAACAGGAGCCUCCCGCAUCUGAGGAGCAAGAUGGCAUCACGUCGCCUGAACCGCCAGCGUUGGUGGAGGCCUCAGGCACGGGUGAGCUGGAGAACCUGCUAUGGCCGGAGGCAACGCCGGCGGCGGAAGAUACUGAAGACGUGGUCAUUCUGGAGGAGGAGCAUCUGGACGAUGGUUUCGACACCGAAGACCUCCUCACGAGUGCAACAGCAGAGGACGACUUUGUUCCUGAUGUAGCGAGUGAGGCAACUGAAGAAGGAGACUCUAAACAUCAUGGGGAACCUGCGGUUGCAGAAGCUGACAUGCAAGAACCAACAGAGAGUGAAGGACAAACUCCCGAGGAAGCAGCGGACUCAGUUGAGGAAGCGCCAACGCCACUUGAAGAACCUCCAGAAGCUUCCGAAAUCGUUACCGACGAUCUCGUAGAUGACGACAUCUUGCUGGUCAACAAGGACGCACUUGAACCAUCGGUCAGCGUUCCUUUGAGCCCCGCCCAACCGACCGCAAUGUCUGCCGAGAAGGAGUCACCCUUCACGCGUGUCGCUGAUGUCAAGAGAGCCGUCAAGGGCCAACCCGAGAUCGUCGUCCCUUCACUCGUGGAGAUCCAGAACAGUGAUGAAAACGAUUCUCCCAUGGAAGACCUCGCUUAUGACGUCUUUAAUUACGGUUUGAUCAACCACACGGAAGAGGGCAGCACGGGAUUCCCAUUCAGCGUGUCACGCGGCACCGAUCCGGCCGGCAUCGCCGUGCCGGCCAACCCUGGCCGAGCGCUCAUGGUGUUCUUCAGCCUGAGGGUGACCAACAUGAUUUUCUCUGAGGAUCUCUUCAACAAGAGUUCGCCAGAGUACAAAGCAUUGGAGCAACGCUUCCUGCAACUGCUUGUGCCCUACCUCCAGUCCAACCUGAGCAACUUUGAGAACUUGGAAAUCCUCAACUUCCGCAACGGGAGCAUCGUGGUCAACAGCCGAAUGAAGUUCGGCAAGCCCGUGGCUCAAGGCGUCACCACCACCGUGUAUCUGAUCCUGGAGGACUUCUGCAACACGGCCUACCAGACCAUGAACCUGGCCAUCGAUAAGUACUCCUUGGACGUUGAGUCAGGCGACCAGGCCGACCCCUGCAAGUUCCAGGCGUGCAACGAGUACGCCGAGUGCAAGGUGAACAAGUGGUCGGGCGAGGCCGAGUGCGUGUGCAACGCGGGCUACUUCAGCGUGGACGGCCUGCCUUGUCAGAGCAUCUGCGAGCUGCGCAACGACUUCUGCCUCAACGACGGCAAGUGUGACAUCAUCCCCGGCCAGGGAGCCAUCUGCAGCGUUACCUGCCGAGCCCUGAGGAAACCCGUUGCUAACCAAAAGAGCAGCGCCUACCGAGGCAUGUGUCGUGUCGGAGAAAACUGGUGGUACCGAGGAGAGCACUGCGAGGAGUACGUAUCCGAGCCUCUGGUGGUCGGCAUCGCGGUGGCCUCAGUGGCCGGAUUCCUCAUGGUUGCGUCUGGAGUCAUCUUCUUCCUCGCCAGGACUUUACGGGAUCAGUACGAUAAGGAUGAGUCAGAGGACCCGAUACGGCGUGCAGAGAGCGUUCCGUCGCUAGAGAGGGCGACCAAGUACAACCCCAUGUACGAGAGCGAGGCCACCACGGGCUACAGCCACUACUACCGCCGCUACCCCGAGGCUCCCGCCGUCUACAGCAGCGCCAGCGCCGAAGCCUCCACCGACUUCAGCAGCGAGGAGAUCCGACACAUCUACGAGAACAGCGAACUGACGAAGGAGGAAAUCCAAGACAGGAUACGCAUCAUCGAGCUCUACGCCAAGGACCGUCAGUUUGCAGAUUUCGUGCGGCAGCAUCAAGCUGUUCUGGAUACCCGAAGAGAAAGUUCCUCUGCACAGACAUGAAACUAGAAGAACAACACCUGUGUAUUCCGGAAGGACUGGUCCGGGCAAUCAAACAAAGUCUAUCACCCAGGACAUCUUCACCUCUCACCUCACGUCUUCACGAGGCGACCCGGGAAGCGCUUGCAGACUGUCCUUCCUUCCUCCCUCCUCCUUCCUUAGUGCCUUCCGCUGGACAUGUCCCCCCCAUGGAAAAUGUACUAAAACCUGACAUUUUGUCAAACCAGGCGAUGACAAAGAACUUCCCGCAUUGCUUGUGUACAAACAGUUACAGAGUGUAGCUAUUAGAAUAUUAUUGUGACAGUUUUCUCUACUUUUUGUGUGUUUGUGAGGCUCAAAACGAACCGGGAGAUGCCGAGUUAGCUGCGAUGACGUUGGUUGGUGCUAUGCUCGCUGAUAAUUUGUCGAUGUUGUGAUGUAGUCAUCAACCAUGAAAGUGGCAGAUUGGGAUAAACGCUUGUCUAAUAGAGACCUUCGCGUCAAGGUGGGCAAAUAUUCUCUCCGGUGGAAUCGUUUUCUCGACAUUUCGAGGCUCCACCGAAACAGACGUUUGGACAUGAUUGGAUGCAACGAGGCAGACGGUGAAGGCAGCGGGCGCGGACCCCUUGCAGUGGCGGUAUCCAGGGAUAAGUGAGAACACAUUUUACCGAGGGAGGACGUUUUGAACAAAUGGAGGGCUUUCACACGACAUUGCUGAAGAAUGGAGAAAAGCGGCAAAAACACUCGGUUGGCAGCAAUUCCUUCUUAAUGCGACUACCAGUUUGGCCCCGUCAUUGUGUUUUCUUUGGUUUUUCUCUCGCAUUCCACCCUUGGAUGAAUUCCACUCCAUCAGUGUUGUCCUGCUGAGCACGAAAUCGUAGCUGUCCCACUUUGUUAUGAUGUUUAGCUCGCUUAAGAAAAACUAGGCACACACACACACGCACGCGAUGAACCCUUUUUAUGUAUUUAUUUUUGCAAUCACUCAUUUUUACUACAGCGGAACCUCUGAAGUCCAACCUAGUCGUACCAUUCAGAAUUUGACCCAAUUUGAGGGCGCACAAAACGUCGAUUGGCGACAGCGCACCUCACAAAAGAAACGAAUUCAAACGACGACUUUUCUUUUUCUUUGGCUUUGCGAAGAUCCUGAAAAUAGGGAAGGGCAAAAUAAUUGGAUCAAUUGAUUCUUCCCAUUGAGAGUAAUGUUUUAAAAAAAUGAACAAUUGACUAAUUGAUCAUUAGAUUUAUCCAUAAUUCAUCAAGGCUAUUUUAUGACUAGCAGUGGUUAAUCUAUCCCAACUGAAUUGGGGUAAGAGAUGGGGUACACCCUGGACUGGUCACCAGCCAAUCACUGCAAUCCUAAUUUGACACUUAAUGGACCAAGGCAAUUUAGUCUAACACUUGUGGAUUGUUUAAAAUUGAAAUUUGUGAGCUGACUUUUGCAGUGCUUUUAACAUAAUUUAUUGCAGCGAUUGCAUGUACAGUUAAUAAAGCAUUUAGGUUGGCAACCGUUUGACAGACUAUUUCCAUUCCCAUUAUUUACUUUGGGUUUUAAAAUUGAAUAAUGAUCAUCGAAUGGAUUGUGGUCAACUUUAGAGGUUCCACUUAUGUAAAUAUAAUCUUUGAAUUCAUCAGUUCGGAUACGUCUCCCCAAUGUUUCAUGACCUAACCAUGUACUUUUUAUACUAUUUAUCUAAACGUUUGUUUCCAUACUCUGCAGCUGCUUCACUGCGUGUACAAACCAAAGCCAUGUGUGCAAAAUAAAAUGCUUUGUAAC